AUGACAGACUUCAAGACCCCCAUUGGGAUGUCACCACACCAACUAGUAUUUGGCAAGGCUUGCCACUUGCCAGUUGAACUGGAGCAUAGAGCCUUUUGGGCUCUAAAAUUACUGAAUUUUGAUGAGCAAGCUGCUGCAGAAAAGAGGCUGAGGCAACUCAAUGAGCUAGAAGAAUUUAGGAACCAAGCAUAUGAAAAUGCAAAGAUCUACAAAGAGAACACAAAAAGAUGGCAUGAUCAAAAGAUAGCAAAGAGGGAGUUCACUGAAGGACAAAAGGUGUUAUUGUACAAUUCUAGACUUAGAUUCUUCCUCGAGAAGCUUAUGUCUAGAUGGUCUGGACCCUUCACCAUCAUCAAAGUGUACCCCAAUGGUCAAGUGGAGCUCAUGGAGGAUAAAACACAGAGAACCUUCACUUCAAAUGGCCAUAGACUCGAGCAUUACCUAGGGGACUCACUGGAUGAAAGAAGAUUGAGCUACCACCUUAACUGA